AUGAAAGUCGUUGCCUUGGGCCACGUCAAGGAUUGGCAGCAGUGGAUUGACUCUCUGAGAGUCCACUGGCACGGUGCAUUGCUGGAUACAUCGGAUGGUGUGCACUCCUUUACGUUCUUGCGAUCAAAGCCUGGAAGCCUGCCACCAGCCAGCCUCAGCCCAGAUGUGCCCAAUGAUGCCCGUAUUCAAUCCGAAGGGCCGAUGGCCCGGACCGUUCCCAAGUCUGACUUCGAUGUGAUCUGCUACGUGAAACGCUACGCUUCGGAUGAAUCGGUUUCGCAGAAGCCCUUGCUAGUCCUGCCACAUGACUUCCUGGCCCGACUGCCGAGCUUAAUUCCUGCCCUCGAAAGACCUUUAGCGCCUCUGGGCUUGAAGAAGAGGAGACAAUGGUUGGCUCUGGCACAGGAGCUCUUUCAGCGAAAGCGAAACUCCGAUCGGACCGUUCGAUACCUUCUCAAGGCUGCUCAGGGUGGCACCAUUGCCAGCGAAGAUGCUGUGCUACUGCCUUGGCACACGUCAAACCACGAGCUCAGAUUGGUCCGUUUGGAGAAUGCUUCGCCGAAUACGUUUUUCAAGUUAUUUCCUGUUGCCCGAUUCAGGGCGACGCUCAAGAGGAUUCGGGGGCCGGGUGCAGUCUGCAUGGACUCGGAGGAAGAGCGGCUGCUUGGCGAAGAGGGCGAUGUGCCCUCUGAUUCCGAGGAAGAGUUUCUGCAAAAGGCCCAGGACGCCUGGGGUGCUGAAUGGGUGCUAACACGUCUGGCUCUGAAUCUCAGCUGGUUCCUCACCACGACAUUUUCUGGAGUCGGAUGUCUUGAACUGGCUUGCAAGAGUGCACGCUAUCUGCAACUGGUGGAGACCGUGGCCCGUGCAGCCAUCCUCCGAGCCCAUUUGGAUGAUGUCAUCAUCUUCGAGAACACCCCUUUUUUCGAUGUGGCGAUACUCAAGGUCUAUGACUUGUCCCAAGCCUCGAGCAGCCACAUGCGCACAGAGCUUGACGCAUCUGCGGCUGGAAGCCCCAUGGUCGACGUUUCUCGCCUGCCAACGUCAAAGGCUUGUACGUUGGCCGGGAAUGGGAUGCACGUAGCACAGGCGGGCUGCAUCUUGAUGGUAGCAGCCCUGUUUCUCGAAAGAGUGUAG